AUGGCCGCUCCGCCGCCCGCCGAGCCCCCGGUGCCCCCCGGCCGGCGCUGCCCGUCGCUGCUCGCCGUGGAGCCGCUGCUGUUCUUGACCACCGUGUCGCUGGGGCUGCAGGGCCCGCUGGCCACCCAGUACCUGUGGGACCGGCUGGGAGCCGAGCACGGCUACAGCGACCGCAACAGCUCCGAGUCCACCGGCUGCGGGGACGGCAACGCUACCGCCGACCCCCUGCGGCAGGAGGUGGAAGCCCUGGUGUCCCACUGGAACCUCUACAUCAACCUGGGCGGCUUCUUCGCCAGCCUGUUCUCCGUGACUCUCUUCGGCCCGUGGAGCGACAGCGUGGGCCGGCGCCCGGCGCUCAUCCUGCCGACGGCGGGCAUGGCCCUGCAGACGGCCAUCUACCUGCUGGUCAUGCACCUGGAGCUGCACGUCGCCUUCUUCCUCCUGGGGCGCAUCGUGAGCGGCCUCACGGGCGACUACAGCCUGAUCCUGGCCAGCUGCUUCUCCUAUGUGGCCGACACCAGCGAGCGGCGCGUGCGGACGUUCCGCGUGGCCGUGCUCGAGGCGUGCCUGGGCACCGCCGGCAUGGUGGCCAGCAUCGGCGGUGGCCAGUGGCGCAAGGCCCAGGGCUACAUCAACCCCUUCUGGCUGGCCUUUGCCUCCAGCCUUGCUGCCACUCUCUACGCCGCUUUCCUCCUCCGGGAGUCGGUGAAGCAGAGGAAGGAGACCAAGCUGUUCACGCUCAGCCACUACAAGGCCGUGUACAGGCUGUACAGGGCGCCGCAGCAGCCCGGCUCCAGGUGGAAGCUGGCUCUGUACUCCCUGGCUUUCUUUCUGAUUGUCACGGUGCACUUUGGAGCCAAGGACCUUUAUGUUUUGUACGAGCUCGGCUUCCCUCUUUGCUGGGCUUCCGACCUCAUCGGGUACGGCUCGGCCGCCAGCUACCUGGCUUACCUGAGCAGCCUGGCGGGGCUGAGGCUGCUGCAGCUCUGCCUCGAGGACACCUGGGUGGCAGAGAUAGGGUUGAUCUCCAACAUUGCUGGCCUGGUGGUGAUUUCCCUUGCUACCACAACGCCGCUGAUGUUUACAGGUUAUGGAAUUUUGUUCCUUUCCAUGGCACCCACUCCAGUCAUCAGAUCCAAGCUCUCCAAGCUGGUCAGUGAGACAGAACAGGGUGCUCUCUUUGCUUCUGUUGCCUGCGUGCAGGGGCUGUGCUCACUCGUGGCUACAGGAGUGUUCAACUCUCUCUACCCUGCCACCUUGCACUUCAUGAGGGGAUUCCCAUUUCUCUUUGGGGCUAUAAUCCUCCUAAUUCCAGCAGCUAUCCUUGGGUGGAUACAAAUCUGGGAUUCAAAGCACGACUACAACAACUUCCAAGAUGCUUCCCUGUCCCCUACAAAAGACUGAAUUUAACAACAGAGGAAUUGGCCAGCACAGCAGUGUCCACCUGAAGAUUGCCCUUUAUCCUUCCCCCAAAGGACAGAUCAGUGUGGGAGGGACACCCUGCUUGUCCUUACUAAAUUUUAAAUGCCAAA